GUCAAACCGCCCUCUGUUUCAUUUUGCUCCGAACGAUGGAAGCCCACAGCUCCUCCUGUAACACCGCCGCAAACGACGACGGCGAAUGGAGAGCCGAGAAAGCUAUAGGCGGCAACAAGGAAGCUCUCCAAGCUCUGAGAGAACUCAUCGUCUACCCUCUCCUCUUCUCUUCCCAAGCCAAAAGGCUCGGCCUCAAAUGGCCUCGUGGUUUGCUUCUCUACGGUCCUCCCGGCACCGGAAAAACAAGCUUGGUUCGGGCGGUGGUUCAGGAGUGUGGCGCGCAUCUAGUCCUAAUCAGUCCGCAUACUGUUCACAAAGCAUUUACCGGAGAGAGUGAGCUGGCGCUGCGGGAGGCUUUCGCGGAGGCGGCGUCACAUACAUUGUCAGGGAAGCCAUCAGUUGUCUUCAUAGAUGAGAUUGAUGCACUCUGUCCUCGCCGCGAUUCUAGAAGAGAGCAAGAUGUUCGCAUAGCUGCCCAAUUACGUUUACUGAUGGAAUCAAAGCCAUUGUCAACUUCUGUACCACAAGUUGUAGUUGUUGCCUCCACUAACAGAGUGGAAGCAGUAGACCCAGCACUAAGAAGGUCUGGGCGUUUUGAUGCUGAGAUUGAAGUUACUACACCUACUGAAGAUGAGCGCUUUCAAAUUCUCAAGCUUUACACAAGAAAAAUUUCUUUGGGUCCUGAUGUUGACCUACGAGCCUUGGCUGCAAAAUGCAAUGGAUUUGCUGGGGCUGACUUAGAAGCUUUAUGCCGUGAGGCUGCCAUAUCUGCAAUGAGGAGGUAUCAAGAUGCAAACAAAGAUGCUGAUUUGCUAAGCUUAGCAAAAGAAGACUGGGAGAAUGCUAAGUCUGUAGUUAAUGCAAGUAUAACAAGAGGUGUCACAGUGGAAAUCCCCAAGGUGUCUUGGGAAGAUAUUGGAGGCUUGAAAGAUUUAAAGAUAAAGCUUCAGCAAGCUGUUGAGUGGCCUAUCAAAUAUUCUGCUGAGUUUUCUAGGCUGGGAAUAUCUCCUAUACGCGGAAUUCUUCUUUACGGUCCACCAGGAUGCUCAAAAACCACCCUUGCCAAAGCCGCUGCAAAUGCUGCCCAAGCCUCUUUCUUUUCUUUGAGUGGUGCAGAAUUAUUUUCAAUGUAUGUUGGAGAGGGUGAAGCUCUACUGCGCAAUACCUUUCGGAGAGCUCGCCUUGCAGCACCCAGCAUAAUAUUCUUUGAUGAGGCAGAUGUUGUUGCAGCCAAACGGGGUGGGAGUUCAAGCAACAGCAGUACUGUCGGAGAGAGGCUUCUAUCUACUUUGCUUACUGAAAUGGAUGGUUUGGAAGAGGCUAAGGGAGUUUUUGUCUUGGCUGCUACAAAUCGGCCUCAUGCAAUUGACGCCGCAUUAGUUCGACCAGGACGCUUUGAUUUGGUGCUCUUUGUACAGCCACCUGAUUUAGAGGGUCGGAAGCAGAUCCUUACUGUACUCACUCGUGAGAUUCGAUUAGGAGACGAUGUUGAUCUCAAACAAAUAGCAGAAGAAACAGAGCACUUUACCGGAGCUGAGCUGAAGGGUCUAUGCAAGGAAGCCGGAAUAGUAGCUCUGAGAGAAGACAUAUGUGCCAGUGCUGUGUGUCAUCGUCAUUUCCAGUCUGCAAAGGACUCUUUGAAGCCAGCACUGACCAAAGCAGAUGUUGACUCAUAUAGGGCUUUUGCAACUGAAAGUGAUCGGACAUGAAAUUUUUUACAAGCUUAGAGUUUUGAUACUCAAUAUG